AUGGGUAUAGCCAAGGGAAUUGAUUUUUUACACCUUAAUAAAAUCAUUCAUGUCGAUAUCAAGCCACGUAACAUUAUGUUGGAUGCUAAGGAUAAUGAAGCAAAGCUGGUUGAUUUUGAGUUUUCUAGGCAUGUAGAUUGGGAUGGCACACAUAGGUCAACUGAUAAAAUAAUAGGUACCAAAGGCUAUUGGGCUCCAGAGUAUUGCUGGAAUAACAAGCUCUCUUAUAAACAUGAUGUUUAUAGUUUUGGAAUUGUUGUGUUAGAGAUGAUAAUAGGGAAAAGGCAUGUUGAUCAAGCACGAAGUUCCAGUCAGUUCCAUAUUCCAGGAUACGUAAGGCACAUUAUAGAGAAGAAUCGUUUUGAAGAAGCUGGAGAUGCUAAACUUAAACAGCAUGGGUGGGACAUUUUUGCUGUAGAAGAAGCCUUCACCAUUGCAAACAUAGCCCUUAGAUGUGUUCACCGAACUCAUUUCGAUGAUUAG